GAAGCUUUAAACUAGUAAAAAUGUAGGCAGGUUUCUGUACUCAAGAGUGGACCAAAAUCCCUGCUAAGAUCAGUGCAAACUCCUACAAGAAACAUUCUGCUGCUGAGCUUCUACCAGGUCAUGUUUUGCUGGGGGAUCCAAUAUUUAUUUAUAUAGUAAAUAUAGUGCUUUGUUUCCUAUGUCAGUUACGAAUGAUUUUCUCAAUGCGUUUUGGUUUUCUUUCUCUCCGGAGUAAAACAAUGGAUGGGUUGCAGCAGUUUCUCCUCCUGCUGUGCAUUUCUGCAUCGGUUGUAUACGAAAAUACUGGGGUAUUUGUGGAAAAAGAUGAACAGCUGGUCAGAAACCUGACAAACAAGCUUCUACAAGUCAUCCCACCUAAUGCCAACAAUUCCAAAGUUUUCAUGCUGGUGACCGAAGGCAACUGGAUUACUCUGAAUGAGACGGACCAACAAGCCCUGAAUAGUUAUCUCACGCUGGUUGAACUCCGUUUAGGUGGUAACCUUGUCACUACUGUACCAGCCAAGUACUUCUCUAUGCUAUCACAACUCAGAGUGCUGUCCCUAGCCAGAAACAGCAUCAGCAGUCUGGACCCUGAGGCUUUCUAUGGCUUGGAUGUCCUAGAAGAGCUGGACCUGUCCAGCAACAAUCUGACAGAUCUCCCUGGCAAGCUAAUGACAGAGCUAAAAAGUCUAAAGAUCCUGCACCUCCAAAACAAUCCCUGGAACUGUUCCUGUCCUCUGCUAAACACCAUUGGAAGGAUGAAAGAAGCAAAUGUCACUAUUGGGAGCCCAAUAAUCCCCUGUACAUCUCCAGCAGAGCAGGAAGGAAAAAAUCUCCUGGAUUUUAUGAAUCUCUGUUCCACAUCAUCACCAGUCCCUUUGCAGAGUGACCUAAAAUCUCCAUCAGCACCGGUCACCUCUAAACAAUCUAAAGGAAUCGACAAUAAGCCGACCACCACUUCAACGAGUCAGAAUUCCACCAUCAGUAAAGACCAGAAACCUGUGCCUGGCAACACAUGGAAGUUCACUGUCUGCGUUGCCGUCUUGGCACUGGCCACCUGCGCGCUCAUCCUUACCGCCAUCAAGGGGCCUUCCUGGUACAAACGCUUCCACAACUACAGACAUCGGAGACUGCAGGAAGAUGAUGAGGAAGAGGAGCAGGAAACCAUGAAAACGGUCUUUACAGAGACAAGGGGGCAUGGAAGCCAGCAGACAUUCAUGUUUGAGGAACUGAGUCAUCGGAUAGAGGAAGAAGAGGAGGAGGAUGGAUACUUUGAGGAUCCGUAUAUCAAGGGGGCAGAGGAUGCAGAGGAAGAGAUUCUAGAAGCUCAAUGAGGGGCCGAUGUCAAAUUAGACUGAAUCUAUAAAGUUUAGAUCUGUAAAUGAUACCCCAAAUUAAAUGGUUAAUCUAAUAUAUAAAAUAAGCUAUUUGUUUAGUUUCUAAAUACUGUGAAGAAUUAUUGCUUAAGGUUUAAUGAUCCUUCUCCAUGUAACUGUGUGUCUCAUUGUAUAAGCGCUGUAUUUAAGAUAGCAGACGGCACACUGAGCCACACAAGUUUACAUAGUGCCAUUCCAGCAUAAAUGUUUCCAGCAUCUUACUUUACCUGGAGCUUUAUUUUCUUGUUAUAGGUCUCUUUGUGUGAUGAGCUAUAAAAUCCUAGAAAAAGGAGGGAUGAGGAUGAAUUCAAGCAUGUCACUAGCCUAUGGGCUCAUUCUGACUGUGUGACUGGAUCUGUAUUCGGACAGCGCUAAAUACAGGUGUGAACACUCCAGAAGACACUUUCCUCCAGGUCACCAUCAAAGGUGGUCUGGGCCGGUUUCAUGUCUAAUAGUUUAGAAUUGUGUUCACCAUCCUUUCUGAACCACAUGGAACUACCAACUAACCUGCUUUUCCCAACAUAGGUCGCUCUCAGGAGUUCAGUGAAUUCAGGUGUGGUACAAUGGUAGAAGAUGUGAGGAAUAAGUCCAUUUGGGAAUUUCCUCGCUACUGAAAACAUUCCGCAGUCAACAGUUUGUGGAAUCAUAAGAAAGAGGUAGCAGAUGGGAACAAAAAACAGCAACUCAGGCACAGAGUGGUAGGCCAUGUUGAUGACAGAGUGGGGACGGCCCAUGCUAAGAAGCACACUGUGGCCUGCAGAUUAGUUCAAGAAGGGCAUAGAGAGCUUCGUGUAAUGGCCCUGCAUGGCGGAGCAGCUGCAUCAACAAGUUGACCACCAUUGGACUCCAGAGCAGUGAGGAUGGGGUUGGCAGAACAGUACUUUUCUGACUGCAUCAUGCAAAGUUUGGUGGGGUUUAGAUUAUGGUGUGGGGUUAUUUUGCUGAAAUCAAGCGUGUCCCCCUGGUUCUUGUCAAGAGAACUUUAAUGCUGCAACAUAUAAAGGGAUUUAGGACAAUUGAAUGUUUCUGACUAUAUGGGAAGAAUUUGGGAAAUGACCCCUCCCAGUUCCAGCAUGACUGUGCACCAGCAACUUUAGGAUCAAACAGAAUAGAGAUAAGCCAAGACAGCGGAUGAGAUGAUUUCCUCUUAUCCUCAGCCCACUGUGUCAUAUAGGUUAUCUGCAUGUAGAGUAGAUAGCAGAGAUCUAAUCAGAUGUGGACUCUCAUGCUUAAACUGUCCAGGAUACAUAAACAAGAACAGAACCAUACAUGGUAGAAUAUUCGGGUUACGAAAUGACUUCAGAACAGCAGAAUCUUUCAGUCCUGUACAUGGUGUCAUUUUAAAGUGCAGCUUUCCACGAUUGCUAAGUAAAGCACACAGAGUACCUUAAGAGGGUACUGAUGUACCAACAAGCAGUUCACCACUAAAUGUCACUGAACAGUGGGGCUGUUGAGUUCAAAGUUUAUAGUUGGGUAUCCUGAACUGGUUCUAUUGUAACACCAUACUGAAUACAGAAUUUUCUUUCAAAAUGGUCAGAACAUUGGAACUAAUGUAUUCAUAAUACAUUUCUCGGCUAACAGCCCUAAAAUUUCACAAUCUGGUACCAGUUGUUUUCAACACCACUUUACAGUGCAGAUCCAAGCUGUGGAUACAACACACUUCUGGGACGCUCCAAGUCUUUGUUUACAUUUACAACAGCAACAGCUCAUCACAACGAGAGGUCACGUAUAAAAGAUUGCAGCUUCAUCGUCCUGUAGCUAGCAGAUGUGUUCAUCCUGAGCUUUGAUUGACAAGUCACUUAUAGGAGAAAGAUAGAGUACCGCUAGGAAAGAGGAAAGGCUGCUUUCUGGUUGGCUUCUGGGCAUUUUGCCCCUCCCUCAUUUUCUACUUUUUCCUACCCAACCUUUAAAAGGAACGGAAAGGAGCUGUCUGCGACAAAAUGUUUCGUACCCUUUUUCAACAAACAAUGAAGUACAGUGAUCCAUUUUGAAAUGAAUUCACUUUCUCCUGUGAAGAUGUUACAAUAUGUGAUAACAAUUAAUCGGAAAUGACUCGUAGUUCUUCUGGUUUGAUCAAGGGUCAUAAUAUUGCUCUGGGAUGAGUUAUACUGAUUUUAUUAUAUAUUUCUGUAUAAAUGCAUAUGAAUUUGACCUGUAUGUCUUGUAAGAGCCUUGAGAAAUAUUAGGCAGAAACUGACGUCGUAUAAAGAAACUGAAUGGAACGUAGA